AUGACAACUCAGCAUGGCUACCACCAACCCGCCGAUCAGCACGAUGCCUCCGACGAUGAGAACGAUUCCGACCUCGACCUCGAACUAAACGAACUCGAUCCCCAACCUGUUGCACCUUCCAGGCGCCAGCCUAGCUCAGGUCGCAUUAGCUAUGAUUUCGACUCACGAAUACCACUGAGAAACCUCCGUUUUGGUGGAAGGAGAAGACCUCGGGAGGAAGAUGACGAAGAUCUUCAGGCAUUGGUGGGAGGUGACGAGAACGAGGAUGAUCAAGCACGGAAGCGGAUGAGCGCUGCAAGCUCUGGGAUCUCUGGCAGAGAAGACGAUGCGCCCCUACUUGCAAGACCGAAUGGUCGAAUACGCAGCUCUUCACAAGGUGUCAUAGAUGCGCUCGGCGAUUUCAGCAAGAGGAGAAGGAAAGGCAUAUUGAAAUAUGUGCCGUUCAUACAACGCAGCACCUCAAUUGCCCUGCCCAUACAUGAAGCUGGCGAAGACGAACCAGAGGAUGUUCACGACCCGGCUGCCGCUCGUGUGAUCGCAGUCGGCCAGAAGCAAGCUACCCGCUUCCCUCCGAAUGCGAUCUCUAACGCGAAAUAUACACCGUGGUCCUUUAUUCCGAGGACGCUCUUCAACGAGUUCAAAUUCUUCUUCAACAUGUACUUCCUCCUGGUUGCUCUCUCGCAAAUCAUCCCGGCCUUGCGGAUAGGCUACCUUUCGACGUACAUUGCGCCGCUGGUGUUCGUCCUCAGUAUUACCUUGAGUAAAGAGGCACUCGACGAUGUGAACAGGAGAAAGCGAGAUAAUGAGGCCAACAGUGAACCUUAUACGGUCUUGAGAUUUGACAGCAGCGAAGCGGGAGCGUUCAAUGCCACGAAAAGCAGUAAGAUACGCAUGCUGAGGAACAUGUCGGAGAAGAAAAGAGGAAAGCAGAGAACUCAGGAUGACGAUGCAAGAGUACAGCAGGCUGACGAAGAGGAGCAAAGGACGGAGGAUCCCGAAGCACCCUCGACUAAUGUAAUUGAAAUUGUGAAGCCGUCGCGCGACCUCAAGGUCGGCGAUGUGAUUGUGCUGAACAAGGACCAGAGAGUUCCGGCCGACGUUGUCAUUCUUAAGAGCUUCAGUGUCGAAACGUAUUCGCAACAAGCUCGAAGGCAUUCGGAAACUGCAAUUGAUGCGCCGUCAGGAGACGAGAGACUGCAGGCAAAAGCAGAGCUUGGGGAAGAUUUAGUGAACGAAACGACAACGUCAGACCCGAGUGGAGGCGGUGAGGCUUUCAUCCGCACUGAUCAACUCGACGGAGAGACGGAUUGGAAAUUGCGGCUGGCCGUGCCGAUCGCGCAGACAUUGCCCUCGAGCGAAUACACUCGACUGCAAGUCACGGCAGGCAAGCCGGACAAGAAAGUCAACGAUUUUGUAGGAACGAUUGAACUCGGGCCGAAGAGGCAUCGAUUGGCCGAGGAGAUCUCUUCCACAUCUGUGACGAGUCCUCUCAACAUCGACAACACAGCAUGGGCGAAUACUGUGCUGGCAUCUUCAACGACUGUGUAUGCGCUGGUCGUCUACACCGGAUCGCAGACGCGAGCCGCGCUCUCCACUUCGCAAUCACGAUCAAAGACAGGCUUGCUGGAACUUGAGAUCAACAAUCUCGUCAAGAUUCUCUGCGUCUUGACCGCUGCGCUGAGCUUCAUCCUUGUCGCACUUGAAGGCUUCAAGACACAUGAAGGCCAGAAAUGGUACGUGGAUGCCAUGCGAUUCUUGAUUCUCUUCAGCACCAUUGUGCCUAUCUCACUUCGCGUGAAUCUGGACUUGGGCAAAAGCAUGUAUGCGAGCCUCAUACAUCGUGAUCAAGGCAUUCCCGGGACUGUCGUCCGGACGAGUACCAUUCCGGAAGACCUGGGCAGAAUCGAAUAUCUUCUUAGUGACAAGACGGGGACCCUGACGAGAAAUGAGAUGGAGCUGAAAAAGAUCCAUGUUGGAACUGUCAGCUACGGCGGAGAUGCUAUGGAGGAAGUCAGCAGCUAUGUCAAGCAGGCUUUCGCGCUGUCUGACAAAGCCGCACAAGGCACAUUGUUCACGCCCUCAGCAGGCUUCAUUGCCGCGGGCGGUGCCACAAGAACGCGAAGAGAGAUUGGUCUUCGAGUCCGAGAUCUGGUCCUCGCGCUUGCACUGUGCCAUAACGUCACUCCGACGACGGAAGAAGAUGAAGACGGCAAGCCAACGAUCUCAUAUCAGGCUUCAUCGCCCGACGAAAUCGCCAUUGUGCAGUGGACGGAGCAUGUCGGCUUACGUCUUUCACACCGCGAUCGCAAACGCAUCUCUCUCCAAUUCACUGCAGACGAGCGGACUGCCGUCCGAGUGGAGAUUCUCAACGUCUUUCCGUUCACUAGCGACAGCAAGCGAAUGGGUAUCAUUGUGCGGUUCAUUCGCAACACAAAUCUGAGCAAAGACGACGAGGGCGAAAUUGUCUUCUACCAAAAGGGUGCAGACACCGUCAUGACUUCCAUCGUCGCGGCGAACGACUGGCUCGAUGAAGAGACUGGGAAUAUGGCUCGAGAAGGUCUUCGCACACUCGUGGUCGGGCGCAAGGUGCUCAGCACGCAACAAUACGCUGCGUUUUCGUCAGCUUACGCGGAAGCCUCGCUUUCCCUAUCCGGCCGCGAUGCAGCGAUGGCUUCUGCCAUCAAGCAGCAUCUCGAGAACGACUUGGAGCUCCUCGGUGUCACUGGCGUCGAAGACAAACUCCAGCCGCACGUCAAACCCUCGCUCGAGCUUCUCCGCAACGCCGGCAUCAAAAUUUGGAUGCUCACAGGCGACAAGAUCGAAACCGCCCGCUGCGUCGCCAUUUCCUCCAAACUCGUCUCCCGCGGCCAACACAUCCACACGAUCGCCAAUCUCAAAUCCCGCGCUGCAGCGCUCGACGCCCUCAGCCCUCUCCAAUCGCAACCCAACUCUGCGCUGCUCAUUGAUGGCCACAGUCUAAACAUCUACCUCUCCUCGCCCUCACAUCGCGAGACUUUCGUCGCUGCUGCCGUACGUCUUCCCGCAGUCAUCGCCUGCCGAUGCUCUCCCACUCAGAAAGCCGACGUUGCACAUCUCAUCCGAGCCUUUACCGGCAAGCGCAUCGCCUGCAUCGGCGACGGCGGCAACGACGUCAGCAUGAUUCAAGCGGCAGACGUGGGCGUGGGCAUUGUCGGCAAAGAAGGCAAACAGGCUAGUCUGGCAGCCGACUUCAGCAUUACGCAAUUCGCACAUCUCACGAAAUUGCUUGUCUGGCAUGGCCGAAACUCCUACAAGCGCAGCGCCAAACUCGCGCAGUUCGUCAUUCAUCGCGGACUGAUUAUCUCUGUCUGCCAGACCGUGUUCAGCAUUGCCUCCUCCUUUACGCCCAUCGCUCUGUACCGCGACUUCCUGCUCGUCGGGUAUGCAACCGUUUACACUAUGAUGCCGGUCUUCUCUCUCGUACUGGACCGAGACGUCGACGAAGGACUCGCAAACCUGUACCCCGAGCUCUACAAAGAGGUCACGCAGGGCAAGUCCCUCAGCUACCGCACUUUCUUCAUCUGGUUGGGCAUCUCCAUCUACCAAGGCGUUGUCAUCCAGGGAGGCGCUGAGCUGCUCGUGCCAUCAUACAUGACUCACGACGACGACAGUACCAAUCCCGAUCCAUACGCGCCGCUCCACAACAAACCGUUCCGAACGAUGGUCACCCUGUCGUACACGGCUCUCAUCUUGAACGAAGUCGCCAUGGUCGCCGCCGAGAUCGUGACUUGGCAUUGGUCAAUGUGGGCCAGCAUCCUCGCUACGCUGGCGAUUUUCAUUGGUAGUCUACCGGCUCUGGGCGAGUAUUUCGAUCUUGGAUACUUUGGAAACUUCGGUUUCUGGUGGAGAUGCGCGGGCAUUUUAGCCGUGAGUUUGGGACCGGUGGUGGGUGGGAAGUUUGUGGGCGAUUUUGUGAGGCCGCCGAGUUAUCGGAAGGUCAGAGGUGUGUAG